AUCGCGGUCGGCAGCGAAAUAAGUGUCCCGGGCGCAGCGCCUCGGCCUCACACCAAGUGAACAUUUCCACUGACACUGACCUAUCUACAUGAGCGCGCUCCCCCAAGUGAAUUAUUCCCAUCUUAGUUGUAGUUAAGUUUUCACAAUGAUUUCCAAAACCCUUGUCGCCACCUUCCUCUUCGCUUGCAUCGCCUACAGCUCUACUCUUCCCGCAGAUGCACCCAGCAAACCCUCCAAGAAACCAUACACACCGGAGUUCCUAUCAAAAUGCAAGAGGAGCGAUCCGAAACUCAACGAAUGCAUAAUCAAGCUGAUCAAUGAGCUUCGACCGCAACUGGCCAAGGGUAUCCCGAGGCUUCAGGUGCCACGACUUGAACCUUUGACGAUACCCAAGCUACUCAUCAACAGGAAUCUGGAGAACCUUAAAAUCAAAGCUAACGCUGAGAACGUCACCAUUUGGGGCUGCAGUGGCUUCGUCAUCAACAGUCUCAAUGUUGAUCCUGACAAGCUGAAGCUGAAAAUGGCUUUGACUCUACCGAAACUUUACGGAGAAUUCAAGGCUGAUUUCGACGGCAAAGUUCUCAACUUCCCCAUCAAGGGCAAGGGAAAAUUCAGCGGGAACAUGACAAAUACAAAGUGUAAUGUUGAAGGUGAUGGAACUCUAGUCAAACAAAAGGAAGGUGAAUUUUUGCAACUGAAGACUAUCAAGAUCAAGGCUACCCCUGGCGAGAUGUCCAACAUCAAGUACAAGAGCACCUCCAACAGCCGACAAGACGAUGCUUUGAUUCAAACAGCUAGGACUUUCUUCAAAGAGAACAGGAAACAACUGGAACGUAUGGUAACUCCGAUUGCGGAAGAAACAGCAGUAGAAAUAGUCAGUCAGAUCGUCAACAACAUUCUGAAAACAGUGCCGUUCGAAGACAUUCUCAAACAAACCGCUUAAAUUUUUUCACCACUCUUACCCUCCUUUCAUGUUCACCCACCCACCCUUACCUCCCGUUUAGUGAUAUUGUUGAAUUUUAUUUAUUUGCGUCGACCCUCGAUAAACUACAUUUUGUAAAAUAAAUGUUGAUAGAAACGUA